ACAUCAAAGAAUGACAGGCUGAACAUCUGAGGGGAUUAGCAGUUCAUAGGAGUUUAAAAAGGGACAGUCCAACAGAAAGAGGAAUUCCACAAGUGAGGCGCUGACGAGCACAUCAGACAGCAUCGGAAAAACAGCUUGAGACUUCAACAAAAGUGACUAAUCAAAAUGGCAGAUGUAGCCGUUGCAGCUCCCGCCGACAAGAAGGCACCUCCCAAGUUCAAGCAGAGGGCCGCUCGCACCUUCAAGAGCAAGGCCCCUAAACCGGGCCAGAAGGGAUUCGGAGACGACAUCCCCGGCAUGGAGGGUCUUGGCACAGACAUCACAGUGGUUUGCCCAUGGGAAGCAUUUGGCGACAUGGAGCUCAGCGACCUGGCGAAAUAUGGAAUUGUUUAAGCCUCUUUCCUCUGCCUUUACCUCUAUUGCCACUAUUGUCCCUCAUGUAUUACUACUAUUGAUAAAGCAGCUAAAAAUAUACUACCUGUGUGCUCUAGAGAGGAGGCAGACCUUGAUUAUUCAGACGUUUGAGCUUGAAACAAAAUCCAGCACUCUUUCUUGUCUAAUGCACUUUAUUUGUCCCUGCCUUUCCACCAAUUCUCCGUUGACCUUUUGUGCUUUUCUUCACCCUUCCUUCCCUUUUUCCCCUCGAAUCUCUCUUUUCCAAUUCUUGCUUCUCAUAAUGAGUUGUAUCAGCAACUCUGAGCAUGAGCUUGUACUGUCCACAGAGAGAAAAAAAAGAAAUCAAAUGGAAUAUAUUAUAUAUAUAGGAUGUAAAUAUGAAAGCGGCUUUGGAAUCUGUUAUUGUGAUAUCCCAUGACUGUUCUGCUCUUCCUAUAUAGUCCACAUCUUCUCCUCAAAGCUGUUGAUUUGACAUGUGCAGAUUUCUAUUUUGUGUAUCAGCUAAAUCACAUUUUAUAGAGAGGAACAA